AUGGAAGCCCUGGUGCUUGUGGCGGUGUUGGGGGGUGGCCUUCUGUGGCUCCUCUUCGGUGGGCACCAAAGGAACUCGCUGCGGGUGGCAUUCAUCCACCCAGACCUGGGGAUUGGUGGUGCCGAGCGGCUUGUGGUGGACGCAGCGCUGGGACUGCAGCAAGCGGGCCACCAGGUGGUCAUGUUCACUUCUCACCACGACACCAACCACUGCCUCGACGAAACACGCAAUGGCACAUUGAAGGUGAUCGUGCACGGCGAUGCCCUUCCUCGAUCUUUGGGCGGCCGCUUCAAGGCCUUCUUCGCCUACCUUCGCAACCUCUAUCUGGCGCUUGCGUUGGUGCGAAGCCACAAGCACGGAGGUGCCUAUGAUGUCAUCUUCGUGGACGCCAUCUCGGCAUCCAUCCCCAUCCUCAAACUCACCGGCGCCAAGAUCCUGUUCUAUUGCCAUUUCCCCGAUCGCAACCUGUGCACGGACCGCCGUUCGCUUCUCAAGCGCCUCUAUCGGCUUCCGCUCGAUGUUCUGGAGGAAGUGACCACUGGCCAAGCUGACAAGGUCUUGGUGAACAGCAAAUUCACGGCCAGCGUCUACGAUCAAACGUUCACGCGAAUCGCCGCUCGGGUUCGGCCCGACGUACUCUACCCCGCCAUCAACUUUCAGUCCUACAGCGCCAGUCAAGGGGCUAGGGCGCAGCAGCAGGAGCGCGAACCGUUAUUCGUUUCGUUGAACCGCUACGAGAGGAAGAAGAACAUAGGCCUUGCGCUUCAGGCCUUCGCCCUCCUGCGUGAGCGCACGCCCAGCGUUUUCCCCACCCUUCGCCUCGUCAUCGCCGGCGGGUACGAUCCGCUGCUGGCCGAAAACGUGGAGCACUUCAAGGAACUGAAGGCUCUGGCGCACCAGCUGGAUCUGAUCGACGACGAGCAACUCAACUCCACCGAAGACGACCAAAAGGGCGCGCAACAGGUCACCUUCUUGCGGUCAAUCUCCAACCAGACCAGAAAUGGCCUGCUGGCUCAGUGCUCGGCGAUCAUUUACACGCCCGAAAACGAGCACUUCGGCAUCGUGCCCGUGGAGGCCAUGUACGCCGGAGCUCCAGUCAUCGCUUGCAACAGCGGCGGACCCAGAGAGAGCAUCAUACAUGAGGCGGAGGAGUUCGCAGAGGCCAUGGCCCUUUUGGCCGAUGACCCGAACCGAGUGCGCAAGAUGGGAGAGGCCGGCCACCUGCACGCCGAGGAGCGCUAUUCCCUCACCUCCUUUACACAGCAGCUCGAGGCCGCCCUUCGCUCCAUGCUCUCCUGGAAGGGGAGAGAUGGAGAUGGGGCCUUGUUCGAUCUAUCCACUACCACAACGCUGAACUGUACAGAGCGCCUGCUGGGGCGGUUCUUCAGAGACCCAGAGCCUCGCGGGCGACCCGCCACUCAUCAGACUCCUUGA